AUGCGGUUAAAAAACAUUGAAAUUAAUGAGAACGAACCUAUAGAAGCGUCGAGGAUAAAAAGAGAAGGAGUUCCCGAGAACAGGGACCUGACAGUACUUCUUUUAAACGACCAAAAACGAAAUGACUUUUCUUCGAAGAAUGGCCGGUAUCACAGUGUCAAGCCACUUAUUGGUCUUCUAACGUCAACAGCUCGAACAUUUAUUCAAGAUGGAGUAACAACGGAGUUUGCAACACAAAUUCUCGGUACGACAUUAGAUAAUGGCCGUAUAUAUGCACAAGUUCUAACAAAAUCUUCACUUGUUUUAUAUAGUAAGCCGUAUAACGAUGAUCCUUAUGUAGUAAGCCCCACAAGGGUACCUUCUCUAGAUGGUUGGAACGUCAAGCAAGAUUUGGGUAUUAUAGAUCCAGAAAAAUUUGUGCUCAAGAAUACCGAUUAUUUAGCACCUAGUAGUAAAAUGGAUAUUGUUUACGCUAGUAAGCCGGCUAAAGACACUUUUAAAUUUUGGAACACUGCCCCUGAAGAUCAAGUUAAUGAUCAUGAAGAACCAACCGGCCGUAGGGUUCAAGCUUACAAUGAAAUUCCAAAAUUUGAAGCGUAUAACUAUCUUGACGGUCCAGCCAUUGAGAAUGAGAAAAAAGUAGAAUAUGUUGUAGUCCCUAAUAAAUUAGAUGAUGUUAAUAGCCAAUAUCGACAAAGUAAAGCAUACAACCCUGUGAUAGAAACCCCGGAAGACACUAAUGUACAGAAUGAUAUGAUUAAUGAAUCCGAAAUACUUAAAGUUAAGCCUAACUAUGACUUACCAACAUUUACGAUUAAGAACGAGUUUUCACCGAUAUUUUAUUAUAUUGAUAAUGUUGAAUCUCGUCAAUCAGGUCAACAAACAUUGCCCCAAACAAAAUUACCUAAAAAGUUGUUCGGACAUAAAAGUGAACCAAAGCCUAAAAAAACCUUUACUUAUCAAGGUUUUGCUGAUUUUACGACCGUGGUUGGUGAUACUGUUAUUAUAUUUACACCUAAUACCGAUACUGUCCGCCAGUCCAAUCCAGAUGAAGUUAAUAUCUUUCCAUCAGCAAAUCCAGUAGAUAAAUUAGCGACUAAAAUUACUUUCCUAUCUGCCGAUAUUCCUGUAGCAACUUCAACAUUUAAAGCUCACGAAGAAAAUAUGGUUACUAAGUUAGCCACGCCAAGUAACAAUGAAGAUAGUAAUGAAAAACUUUUCUAUGACGGUGAAAAAAGUGAUGAAAUUCCCCACGACACUGAUAGUAAUAUUCCCGACUCAGUAAGCGUUCAACAUUCGAAUGGAUUCGAUUUAAAUUUGGAUGUAAUACAGCCAUCAGAGCCAGUUUACACAACAACGGAAAGUACACAAAACACAGACAAUUUAGAAAUUAUUUCAAUAAAUGAACAAAGUUCACGGCCAACUGAACCUUUGACUACUAUUAAUCCAUCAACUAUACUAUUAGAUGAGUCAAAAGAAUCCGUGGUUACAGAAGGAAAUAUUAAUGAAUUAUUUACAAAUUCCGAAGAAGAGACUGAAAAUACAGCAGCGGAAGUCACUGAAUCUACAGAUGAGGAUGAGGAGUCGGAGGAACGUGAAACUACGCACGAAAUGGAACCAGAGUUAUUAACAACAACUGAGAGUGGACAUAGUGAAGAAUCCGAAGAAAUAGAAACCACAACAGAAAAUAGAUACAACAAGCAUGAGCAGGUAUUCUGUAAUGAUGGUCUUGAAACACAAUCUACUAUGACUACCGAAUACAAAACAUUAACAUAUUUAACAACGUACUUUAUUCCUUUAGAGAGCACAGAAACAACUACAUCUAUAAAAUCAGACAUUGUUGUUGAAAGUAAUGUCGGAUACUUGACUAAUGUAGUGUGCAAAACUGAUGCUGAGAUUAUUAAACAAACUUCCGUCGUAAAAGUUGAAACUAUUACUACGCAAAGUAAUUUAGAGACACCAGGUAUACAAGAAGAUUAUAAUGACAUAAUAACAAACGCAGUAACAGAGAGUACGCCUAAAACUACUCCAAUGCAAAAAGAGGAACUUACAACUUCCCAAGACGAAGAGCCGCUUAUACUAGAAGAUUUUAAUGAAUCAGAAAUCAUACGAAAAGAAAGCCACACAGAAGUAUCAACAGCUACUACUGAGCGAGUUUCAACUAGCCAAAGUCACGUAGAGGUGUCAGUUAGCACGGAACAUACCCCAACUGAAAAACAGCCACUAGAGGAAGAAGUAAACGAUGCAGAUAAUGAAAUCGACCUUAUCUAUAAAACUUUAUAUACCACUUAUACGUAUUUCACAACAUUCUUUGGUGACCAAACAUCUAGUGUAGCUAGUCAUAAAUCUAUAGUGACCAAUAUAAUCACAUCUACAAUAGACUUAUCACGAUUAGAUCCAUCAUUAUUAGAUGCUUUUAACGACGAUAAAAUUGCUCCAACUAAUGUUGGAGUCGGUAUACCUACAGAAACAAUUCCUAUUAAUAGUAUAAUAGACUUAGUUAAAAAUAAAGAUGUGAUUGAAUCUGUUGAAAUAGGCGAACAAUAUAAUUCUCAAACUCCUACACCAAUAUUAGAAGAUGCCCUAAAAAGCAUAAACCCUGAUUCGGUACAAACUUACUAUACAACGUAUAAAUUCUUCACAACCAUCUAUGUUGGCACUGAUGCAAAUGUUUGUAGUAGAAGUGAAAUUUAUACAAAUUAUGUUGGACCCGAUGAGUUGAUUCCUACUAAAACUAAUUCACUACCAACUGAAAGCACAAGAGCUCAAUUCGAUUUCAGAAAUUGCAAACAAAUAAAAGGUAAAGCACAAGAAGAUAAUAAAAGUACCAGUAAUGAAUCUACAGAAACUAGUAUGUCGGUAAAUGGAAAGGUUAAUUCUAAGGAAAUAUUCCCACAAUCUACACCCCUUGAAGUAGACAUGUUAUUUAGCGUAGAUUCCAAUCCAUUGAUCUCAGAAAAUUCAUAUGUAACAGACGUAAAAUCAUCAUCUUCUAAAGGUGAGACUAAAUAUUUAGAUAACAAUAACGUGCUUGAUGACCAAAUUAGCUCUGAAAGCAAUAUCGAUGAAAUAAUGCCUUCACCAACGCUCCUUCUACAAACAAGCUACACUACAUUUACAUAUUUUACCACAAUGUAUAUUGGAAAAGAGUCAAGUAAUGUAAAAAGCCGAUUAGAAACGAUAACUAAUGUUGUGACAGAGACUAUAACUCCAAAAUCCGAGCCAGAAGAGGAAAGCAACUUACCAAUUACAUAUUAUACAACAUUUACGUAUUGGACUACUCUUUAUAAAGAUAAAUCAACGACAAUAACAAGUCGCGAAGAAAUUGUUUCAAAUAUAGUUACUCCUUCGGUUCAAGUUGGUGCUACCAUUAGUCCAAUAGAUACGUCACCUAUAGACGUUGAAAGUGUUUUACCACCUAAUGAUCUUGAGAUUGUUCUUAAGCCAUCUCUACUAGAAGAUACUUUAGAACAUGAUGAUGGAAAAGCCACAUUCUAUACAACAUAUACAUAUUUUACGACAUUCUAUUCUGGAAAUACGUCACAAAUACGAAGUAGCUUAGCUACAGUCACAAACAUUGUUGACAGUACUAAAGUACUCGAGGAUAAUCAACUAGGUAGGAAAAUUCCGAUUGGAGGAAUUGAUAAAAACUUACUUCAAGAUAACGGGGAAAAAUUAUUACAAAACAUAAUUCCAACCCCGCUUAAAGAAGAAAUUAAAACAACGCAAUUACCCGAAUUAUCUUCUACAACGACUACGGUUUUACAAGGUACUUAUAUUGAUAAUCUAUUUGCUGAAGUAAAACCACAAGAAAAUCCAGAACCAAUUCCUGACCAAGAGAAGAAAAUAAUAUUUUCCCAGGUAGCUGUUAUAUCUGGGGAUUCAACUAUUGUUACAAACGAUAAUAAGACUUUAGACGAAACGACAACAACAACAACUACUACAUCUACUACUACAACGGAAAGUUCAAAUAUUCUCACUUCAAAUCCUGAUGUUAUUGAAAGUUCUGUAACUGAGCCAGAAACCACAACACAAGCUCAAUUAAGUGAGGAAGAUGAUGAUGAUUCUAAUUCCAGGAAAAAGGGUCGACUUAGUUUCACUACGAAGAAACCUACAUUUACACCUGUUAUUAUUCCGUUUGCUUCGAGAAAUAGGCCAACAUUUAGCCCAAAGCGGCAACAACUUCCAAAUAGUGCUACAACAAUUACUCGACCGGAAUUUACACCGACAAUUACUGCUACACCAACUCUGAAAUCCGUGCGACCCACUGGUAGUUUUGGAGGAAACCGAAAACCAAUAGCAGUUGGAAGUUCAUCAAAUUCCGGAAGAAGGUUCUCUGGUCGAUCAAGUUCGCCUGUAAAUCCAUCUGCCAAUAUACCAGCCUCAAGGCCUGGGGGAUUUGGCAGAGCGAGUAUUCAACCUUCAGCAAGAAGAACUGGUUUUCGAACGACUUCUUUGCGUAACAACUUAGACUUUUCCAGCAGAUCAGCAGUACCAAAAAUAAGACCUACAGCAACAACGCGCCCGAGAAGUGGUAGACAAUCCUCUGUAUUUUACACACAAUCAGACCAAAAUGAAGGUGAAACAUACGCAACCCAACAAGAAGAAAAUGUAACAGAAUCUUUAGAUGAAGUUACUGAAUCUCCUUCACGUCAAACAACGAAUAAUCCAUUAUUAAAAUUUAGACGACCUCCAAUUGCUAGACAACCGGGUACAGCUGUAAUACCGAGAUCAACAACUCCUGCCCCAAGAAGAACUGUACCAACACGUGGUCGACUUACAACUACAACAAGACGAACAAUUACUAGAACAACCAAUAACCCGUUACUUUCAUUACGCAGACAAAGGCCUAACGCUUUGUUCCCAAGAAGAAAUCUUUUUAAGCAACCAGAACCAGAUCCCGAAGAAGAAAUAAGGGAAAACGAACAAAAAGUUGAUGAAAGCGACGAAAUUCUAGAAGAAGAGGAAUUUGAGGAUGAUAACGAUUACGAUUCGUCAAAUCGAAAAGAGCAGAAAGUUGCAACACCUGCUCCAUUAAAAAGAUCUAACGUUGUUUCUAUAAGACCUUUUGGUUUCAAGCGAAGAGUAAAACGUCAAGUUGAUUAUGGAAGCAGAAAGUAUAACAACUUUAGACGUCCUGGUACAAAGUCAGUAAGUACACGUAAGCCCGACCCGGAGCCUGAAACAGAACCACCAACUCCUCCAAAACCUAAAUCUAGUAGAUAUAAUUCAAGAGUUCCAGCCAACCCUAGAAGUACAACUGCGUCAGCACCAAAGUCCACACAAAGACAACCAUUUAUUGUGCGUGGAGAAAGCAGGGCAACAACCACCACAAGUCCAGCUUACAAACGUGGUGGAAAAUCAAGACCUGCAUCUAGAACAACAACUUUGUCUUCAAGACCUAAAGCCCCACGUUUAUCUGGGAAAAGUUCCCCUCCAUCAAGGUCAAAUUCGGGAAGAACAACGAGCAGAAAUUCUCGACCUCGAACAACAACAAGCAGAGCGUCUAGUAGACAGAGAAGUUCCUUCGAAAAUUAUAGCGGUGAGAGAUACAAUAAAUUUGACAACAUACUAAAUGAUGGUAAAAUAACUGUUACUCAUCAAAUACCUUUUGAGGUUACUAUACCAAUAGUAAAUGGAAAGAUUACAGAAUACAAACAUGUUUUAUCUGCAAAACCUAGUAUCGAAACACUUUUAUUAAAUCAAGUGUCCACCUCAAUCGGGCCUUUAGGUAACCAACAAUUAGUACUUGACGUAGAAUCAACUGAAUUAUCAGAUAAUGGUGCUACUAAAUUAACCAAAUAUGUUCUUCAUGAAACACCAACAACUACUGUUAUAUUUACACCUACAACAAUUCGUGGUCGUAAAACAUCAUUUUCCCACGUAUUACCAAGUACAGUCUACAAUGUAGAACCUGUAGUUCAAACUGUAGCCCCAGAAAUUAACUCCAAUGUACCAUUAGCAAAUUUGUUACUUUCUCAACUCCUCUUAGGAAACCAACAACCAGCAAUAAACCCUCUACUUGCCCUGCAAGGUCAAGGCUUAUUACCUCAACAACCUGUAGUACAAACACCAGUAACUGAGUACAAAACUAGAUCUACAACAUAUGUAACAACAGUAACGGAUGCAAGAGAAACUGUUUUGUCCAUUACAUUUAGAGGUAGACCAAUUUUAACUACAAUAGUUAAUCCAACUAUGGAUGUCAUUACAGCAACUGAAUUCAUAACUGACACAGUUGUAACAACACCAACAGUUUUAGCUCCACCACCACAACAAUUCAACUCGCUACUUCUACCAUUACUUCUUCAACAACAACAGCAACAACAGCAACAACAAGCUUUACAAACCGCUAAUCCUUUAUUAGGCUUAGCUCAAAACGACUUAAACUUUUUAUCAAAUAAUUUAGGACAAAAUCAUAAUACUCAAAAUAACCACUUCAACAAUGACAUCUUUAGCAAUAGUCCUAAACCUAAUGUACUCUCAGAUUUUAAUAGCAACGAAGACUUUUCUGAGGAUGUUCAAAAUGAUGAAGAGGAUAUUCCUCCUCCAUCACCACCCCCCACACGCAGAAGGAGCAAACCAAAAUCUGCGAAACCAUCUCCACCUAAAAUGACAAGCGUUGUAACACUAUACGUAUCUGGCAAACACCCUGGUGAAUUUAGCACUGUGUUGUCGACAGUUGUUACAGAUGACACCCAAACAGUAAGAAAGCGUGAAGCGAUAUAUUUUGAAGACGUCAAAAUAAUACCUUCGAUUCUACCGACCGUAAGCGAACUGUACGGUUCACAAGGUAAUGCUAUGGAAAACUCUAUUAAUUCAGAUAUGGACAGAUACUUUUUAAGCUCAGUAGAGGACUCUCAAGUAGAAACUCAGAGCUUGGAAAGUAUAAUUGGAAGUUUAAGUAGUCACAUAAAAUAUGAUGCCUCGCCAACUUAUGUCGUAAAAUUAGCAAGUGCCUCUGUAAGUGAUACAAAACAAAGCUCGGUAGAUGGCGUCUCGUGA